AUCGAUUCGGCCGCUUUCCUCGAGCUGCCGUCGUCGCCAGCAUGUCAUCCGAGCCUGUAGAGCAGCCAGACUCCACCCAGCUGGGUCUGGUGUGUGAGGUCACCUCCAAAGCAGCAGUCGAACACGCCAAGUGGAUAGAGAAGGGCGUACUCGGAGAGAACAAAGGAUGUAAGCAAAGCAACCACACACGCAGACAGAUCACACUCGCACAACACAGCGCCAGACUCAUCGCUGCGUGGUGGAUGCUGUGCGUGUCGGUGCAGGUUAUAAGGAUGACAAGACAGGCAAGGUGAUGCACCUGCACGUCAAGGUCCACGGCUGCGACCUCUAUAUGGCCGACAACUUCGAUGACGGCGAGGAGAAGGGCCUCUCCGGCUGCACGAUGCACCUCAACGUGGCCAAUGCCGACGAGUGGUACAACCGCGCCAUCGAGCACGGCGCUAAGGUCACAUAUGAGCUGCAGGUGACCGCAAGAAGAUGCACACGAGGUGGCCUGAUGUAUGGAUUCAUAUGUGUGUGGUCAGAACACUUUUUGGGGCGCGCGUUAUGGUCGUGUGCUGGACCCUUUUGGCCUCACCUGGGCCUUCCACCAGGAGCUUCCCAAAGAUCACCACGACGACAAAAGGCGCGAGGCUGACUGUCCCGUCGCCACUGCCACGGCUGAGGAGCAUGUCGACAAGCGACGCAAGACACAUGACGACACCACCGGCAGUGAGAAGGACGAGGCGCCGCAGUAGGGUGAGUGAGUGUGGGGUCCAUCGGCGUUCCGGUUGAUUGACAGAAUGACUGUCAUUUGAUGUGCGUAGAGACCCUUUUGUUAAGUCGGUCCGGUGGUGGAUGGAAUGUGGUGUGGUGUGAGCUGAGCCUGCUGUGUGUGUUUUCUACCUGGGGAGUCUUCAGCAGCGUGAUGCCCUGCAAGUCGGCCGGGUGAGUGUCAGUGCUUUGCGU